UUCAUGCAGAAAGCAAAACUGUACGUGUAAGAAUUUUAUUUAAAUAAUAAAUUUGACGAAAAAUAUACUUAUUUUGAAAUAAACAAAUAAAAUCAAAACAUAAAUUUAAACUUGAAACUUCAUGAAUAGUUUAUUGCAUUGUUUGCAUAUUAUUUCUGUAUGUGUGUUUUUGAUGGCUUCCAUCCAAUACAUACACACGGAAAUAUGAAUAGCGCGCGCGAACACACUACAAAAACAAAACCAAAAACCGAAGCGAGAACACACAGAAUAUUGAAUUCAACCAAAUUAUCAUGGCGUCGUCAUCGUUGAGUCGCUUUCAUUUGUAUAGUGUUGUUUAUAAUUGAACGAAAAAGAAGUGAUUUCUUCAAACUGAAUAAUUCUGAUUUUUCUGCGGUGAUGUUCACGAUUCGCUAUUGGAUAUUGGAAAUAAGUGACUUCAGAUUUAAAAAUCAAAAUAAAACAAUUAGUUGAAACAAAUUCAUUGAGAUCGUGGAUUGAAAUUUAUUGUAUUUAAAGUGAAUAUUUGACUUUAUCUUUGCACUUUUUUCAUCAUAAAUACCAAAUAGAAUACAUUUACACUAUUAAUGGACUUAUAAUGUGACAACUAUAAAAUAUUAUCAUUAAAAGUAAAUAAAUACAAUCAAAAAGAAUACAUAGAGUGCAAGGCUAGUACCACAACAAGUGCAAACAUGUUUACACCAAAAUAAAUGACUGUUUCCUCACAUGUUUGAGAUUCGAAAAUAAUUGUUAUUUGAAAUAUCAAAGAAUCGAACAUAAUUUAGAGUGGACAAUUGUCAUUUUAUCUCCAUUUAAGUCGUUCAACCUGAACAAUUUUGAGAAAUGUUAGGCUUACAACAAUGUGUUAGCAACAAAAACGGGACAGCAAUCUCAAAUCCCGUUCUACAUAGAGAUUGUCGAAACAUAACUGGAUCAACAGCUUCAAAUGUUUUCCCAGAUGGUGGUCAAAGUAGUCCAGCCACACUUGCAGGACCACCUGGAUCCAAUACACCACAAUAUACAGCCUCACCAGCACCUUCAGGGUCAUCUACACCUGGGCCAGCACCACCCCAAGGAUCUAAUUUUCCUGGAGCGCCUCCAAAUUCAUCGACAUCACAAUACAAUGGGCCAAAUCAAGCGGGACCAUUUGGUUCACCAGGUAAAACAUAAUGAAUGUCAGACUUUCCAAGAUAUAUAAAGUGAAUACACAUUGUAAUACAGUAGUGUAGAGUUUCAGUGUAGUUUCGAUGCGUACAUACAAUAAAAUGAUUUUGAAACAUUGAUUAAGUGACAUGGAGACCAAGAAAAUGAUUCUGUUAUGUUCAUUCCAAGUGCUCGGACUUUAAUUCUUAAGUCCAAAGUCUAAAUUGUAAGCACAUAUUUAUCGUUGACAUGAAGAUUGUUGUACCAAGUAAUGAUGUUUUGCAUCGGAACAACCGCAAUUUUUAUUGAUUUUCCUGAGAUUUUUUGAUAGAGUCCAGACUUUUAUUUUAAAGUUCGGACUUUGAUUUUUUUGUUUUGAAAAUGACCGAAAAAAUCCAUCUUUAUGUUCUUAUCUGUAAAUCUAUUGUAUAUUAUUGUCAUAUAAAUUGAUUUAGUGAUUAGUUGGACUGAUCAAAGGAUUAAGAUCUAAUGUUAAUUUCAUCUUCUGGUUUUAAUUUACUUAAACAGACGUAAAUAUAUUUGUCAGAUUAUCUACCUGCAAACAAAAUGUUCAAAAUGCAUAGCGCUUCAUAUGGACCUUUUUACCAAAGAAAUGUAUACUAAACGUUAUUCUGGACCGUUGACCACACAGACAUAGUCUAGAACUAACAAUAACGCCGCUGUAGCAGUACACUAACAAUAACAUCAUUUGCUUGGCUUGUAGACGUUUAGCAGACACCUUUUAUUUUUCCUAAGAAAAAGAUAGGCCAGCUGAAGCGUUGAAAUUGUAGACAAAAGUCAUCAUUCAAUUUAUCAAGUGGUGAUACAUUGAUGAAAAUAUUUACGUCUGAUCUAAUAAAUUGGUUAUUUAUGAAUUUACAAUUUAGUCUAGACCAAAAGACAUAAAAAGUCGCAAAUACAUUGACACAAAAGCUAGUUUCCGUUAUGAAUAAAUAAUAGGUCAAGAACAAUAACUAACACAUUUCUUCGGUAAUAAGACAAAGGCCAUAUGAAUAAGCAUCCAGAUCGCUCGGAUAAAUCCGGGUUUGCCCGGAUAAAUCCGGGUUUGCCCGAAUUUUCAUGGCGAAACCCGGCCAAACAAUCGCCCGGCCCGGAUACCCGGAUAUUGCCAAAUUUACCCGGAUUUCGCCCGGACUUUUCAAAGGAAUAGAUCCGAAUUUCG